AUGGAGCCGAGAGGGGCGGCCCGAGAGCCGGACAGAAGAGAGCGGGCGCCGGAACGGGGCGGCAGGCCAGGGCGCCGACGAACAAAGGGUGAAGAGACCGACGAGGGGGGGUCCCCGGAAGCACGGGCACAAAAGCGCCCGAAAAGGAGGACAAGGCGGGCCACAGGGCGGAGAGGAAAGAGGAGGCAGCAAAAGGGGGGGACAGGCAACAGAAAGAGGAGAGAGGGGCGAAAACGGCAAAGGCGGCGGGAGGGGCACCGAGGGGGCGCAGGAAGGGGAAGGGAGGGGGCAAGCCGCAAGGAAGGCAGGGAGCAGCCGGGGAGAGCAGACCGACGGGGACCUAGGAAGACCCGAAAACCCAGCACCGAGAGGAGCCGUACAGGGGCGGGCCCGAGAUUCGGACAGAAGGAGAGCGGCGCCGGUAACAGUGGCGGCGGCAGGGCGGCGACGAUGCAAAGGGGGUCGAGAAACCGAGGAGGGGGCCCCGGAAACCCACGGCGCGGAGAGCCCCACAAAAUAGGGAGGAUCAAGGCGGGCGAGAGGGCGGAGAGAAAGAUGGAGGGCCGCAAAAGGGCCGGGGACAAGCGGCAGAAAGAGAGAGAGGGGGUGGAAAGGGGCAAAAGGAGCCGGAGGGGCCACCGAGGGGGCCCGCAGGAAGGGGAGGGAGGGACAAGCCGGAAGGAAGCAGGGACCAAGCCGGGAGAAGGCAGACCGAGGCGACUCAGAAGACCCGAAACCAGCAGCGGAGGAGCCGAGAGGGCGGCCCAGAGAGCCGGAACAAAGAGAGCCGCGCCGGAACAGGACGGCAGGCAGGGCGCCGACGACCAAACGGGAUGA